GCCAACACGGUUUGCAGCAAGUUGGGAUAUGACGAGGUCAUUCGCGUGGACGCUAAUGGCAGAUCAGGGGGGAUUUGGCUUGCUUGGAGGUCAGAUGAUUUUCAAGUGAUGCCCAUCGAAGCGAGUAUGCAACACCUUACUGUCAAAGUUUCAAAAUCUAAUCAUCCAGACUGGUUCUUAACAAGCGUGUAUGCCAGCCCCAACUACAAGUUCCAUUCCCUCCUUUGGCAGCAGCUUAUUCAAUUCAGCAAAAAUGGGGAUCUUCCCUGGCUGGUUACUGGGGACUUCAACGCCAUCUCCUCACCGGAUGAUAAAUCCAGAGCUAGCUCAGUGGGAGACCUUCGAAGAUGCCAAAGGUUUACUGGUUGGAUUAAUGAGGCUCUUUUGACUGACAUGGGGUUUUCGGGACCCCGCUUUACUUGGUUCAGAGGAGAUUCAGCAGCAACUCGCAAAGCCAGUCGAAUAGACAGGACCCUAUGCAACGAUGGCUGGUUUUUAAAUUUUCCCAACACUGAGGUGCUACACCUCUCUAAAUUGCAUUCAGAUCAUCUUCCUAUUCUUACCAGCUUCGUCGGACAGCAAGCAUCGGUUAAUUCGAGCAAAUUCCGCUUUGAAGCAGCAUGGUUGCUCCAUCCGCAGUUGGGCGAGUUUCUUGACAAGAGUUGGGAUAAAGAAGCUCCCCUGCCCAACUCCCUCAAAGAUAUGGCAGAAAAGCUUCAGCAAUGGAAAAAAGAUGUGUUUGGUUCCACUCAUCUCAAAAAAAGGAGAUUAAUUGCUAGAUUACAAGGAGUCACAGAGAGACUUGCUAAUACUUUCUAUCCAGGUUUGCUGAAGCUGCAGGUCAAAUUAGAGAAGGAGUUGGACCUCAUCCUCGCUCAGGAAGAAGUAUUCUGGUUUCAGCGGGCCAACGAAAAAUGGGUGAAAUUAGGGGAACAAAAUACUUCUUUCUUUCAUCAACAAGCUACUAGAAGGCGUAGAAGGAAUAAGAUUCUUACUCUGCGAAAUGAAAACGGAGAAUGGAUAGACAAUCAGGAAAGCCUCAGGAAUAUGGUGCUUCAAUUCUACACUUAUUUGUACACGCAGGAAGAAGGGUUGUAUGAAGAUUUGAUGCCAAGGGGUAGAUUUCCCCGCCUGCAGCAAGAAGAACUAAUGGAGCUCCUUAGGCCUUUUAUCAUCUCGGACUUCCAUAGGGCCAUAUUUGAGAUGAAACCUAUGUCUGCUCCCGGUCCGGAUGGAUUCCAGGCGGUUUUUUAUCAAAAAUUCUGGCCUUUGGUGGGGAAAAAUCUUACUAUGAUGGCUACGAACUUCUUCGAAACUGGCAGCAUACCGGAAGAGUUAAUGGAAUCAUUAGUUGUGCUCAUCCCUAAGAUUGAUCAUCCUGAAACUCCGGCACACUUCAGACCUAUUAGCCUUAACAAUGUAGCUCUUAAAGCUAUCACCAAGGCUAUGGCUAAUAGACUCAAGCCUUUGAUGCCGAAGUUAGUAGCUCCUACUCAAAGUGGGUUUAUCAAAGGAAGGCAGACUAACGAUAACAUCCUCUUGCUGCAAGAAACUUUACACUCUCUCAGAAAUAGAAAAGGAAAGCGAGGAGGCAUUGUUAUCAAAAUUGACCUUGAAAAAGCGUAUGAUCGUCUCCAUUGGAGCUUCCUGCGGGAUACUCUGGGCGAGAUCGGAUUGCCUAGCACAUGGAUUAACAGAAUUAUGACAUGUGUAGAAAAGAAUCAAAUGAGAAUCAACUGGAAUGGAGAGCUCACCUCUGUGAUCAAACCCUCAAGAGGAGUUCGUCAGGGAGACCCUCUUUCCUCUUUCUUAUUUGUGCUUUGUAUGGAGAGAUUAGCUCAUCGUAUUGAACAAGUUGUCGAGGAGAAGCUUUGGAAACCUAUCCCACUUUCAAAAGAUGGGCCAAAGCUCUCACACUUAUUUUUUGCUGAUGACUUGAUUUUAUUUGCAGAAGCGGAAAGUGGACAGAUCGAUGUUAUUCGAUCGUGCUUGGAGGACUUCUGCUUAAGCUCUGGCCAAAAAGUCAACCUCCACAAAUCGGCUAUGUUUGUUUCUCCCAACGUGCAUAGAGACAAGGCCCAGAGACUGAGCGCAAGGGCUGGAAUUAGCCUGACCAAUGAUCUUGGCCGAUACCUGGGAAUUUCAGCAAUAAAUGGCAAGGUCACCAAAGAAAGAUAUCAUCAGCUUCUGCUAAAAAUCCAAAACAAGUUGGCAACCUGGAAGGCUAAUCAUCUAUCAACAGCGGCUCGGAUUACCCUGGUGAAAUCGAUCUCUUCCUCCAUGUCUAUAUAUCCUAUGUUCACAGAACGGCUACCUGUUUCUGUUUGCAAUAACAUUGACAGGAUAAACCGACGGUUCGUUUCGGGAGAAGAGGAAGGUCAAACGAAGUUCCACCCGGUUGGGUGGGAACAACUCACUCUUCCUAAAGACCAUGGAGGCGUUGGAAUCAGACCAACCAAGCUGGCUAACCAAGCAAUGCUGGCUAAAGGUGCUUGGAAGCUAGCUACGGGGGAUUCGACCCUAUGGGUUCAAGUGAUGAGGAACAAGUACGGGGGACAGAGACAAGGGCUGCAAAUUCUCAGGAAAACAAAGGGAGGAUCCUUCGCUUGGAACAGUUUUACACAAACUGUAGACCUCCUGCGCAAGGGAGCUGCUAUUAAUGUUAAAAAUGGAAAACUAACUAAGUUUUGGAUUGAUAUUUGGGCAAUGCAGGUACCACUCUUGGAGGUAACUACUAUGGAGGUGCCUGUGGAGGUCAGAAACAAAUCAGUUGCUGACUAUUGGGAGGAGGAAGGCGGAUGGAGAUUUGAGGACUUCGAAGGUUAUCUUCCACCUGAAGUCAUCAACAAGAUCCGUUCAAUACUUCUUGAUCCAUUAACCAGCAGUGAGGACACUAUGUUUUGGAAGCACACUGCAAAUGGCUUAUUCAGCGCCAAGUCCGCUUUCCAAACCUACUUUGCAGAAGCUGCUCCUCAAGACUCGGCCUUCUGGAGACGGAUAUGGAAGCUGCACUGCCCUGAAAGAGUUCGAUUCUUUGUUUGGCUUGCAACCAAGGAGAAAUUAUCCACAAACAGUCGCCGCAAAAUACGACACUUAACCUUGGAUGACAAAUGUCCCAUUUGCAAGCAUACUGCAGAGACAAACGUGCAUUGCCUCAGAGAUUGCACUCCGACUAGGAAGAUUUGGGAGGACCUCGUUCCGCCUCACGAACAUAACACCUUCUUCGCGGCAGAUCAUACGUCCUGGUUCCAGAUGAAUCUUAACAUGGGGGACAGCGGGGAGAGGCAUGAGGAUUGGCCCAGCUUCUUCGCGUUAGUAUGCUGGUAUAUUUGGAAAUAUCGUAAUGAAUACAUUUUUCAGGGCAAGAAGCUGGCGGACUCCUCCUUCAUCAACUACGUUAAGAGCAAGGCUACAGGAUGGCUGCAGGCUUGGGAGAGGACUUCCCUUCAGCUUGAUUGCAACAACAAGCCUAAUCGGACAGAUCGUCUUGUUUGCUGGGGCGCUCCUCCGAGGGGUUGGAGUAAGAUGAACACAGAUGGUGCGGCUCAAGGAAGCACGGGUAUGGCUACUGCAGGCGGAAUUCUCAGGGACAGUGAUGGGGAUUGGCUUGGAGGCUUCUGCUGCAAAAUUGGCACUGGCUCUGCUAUUCUGGCCGAACUUUGGGGAAUUCAUCAAUGACUGUUAACGGCUUGGAAUCAGAACACUCAGUUUCUCAUUCUAGAAACCGACUCGCAGCUUGCUAUUGAGUUAAUUAGAAAGCGGGAAGAUCCAGUUCAUCCCCACUCUACCAUUUUGACGGCUAUUCGCAGAUUGAUGGCGCAGAACUGGGUGGUGCAAUUAGUUCAUACGUACAGAGAAGGGAAUAGAGCCGCGGACUGGCUCUCGAAGCACAGUCUCGUCUAUCCCUUUGGUACGCAUGAACUAAUGAACCCACCUAGUCAACUUCAGCAAAUCCUUCUUGAAGACACUUUAGGGGUGAGCUUCCCCAGAAUGGUUGUGCAAACUCAGAAUUAAAGUCUGGCUGUAUUUUGUAGGUUGCGAUCUGUUCCUACUUUGACUUGCCUGCUGUUAGGCUGUACCUUUGAGCCCCUUUCUUUGUAACCCUGGCGUCUCGCCUCCAUUUUCUCAAAAAAAAAAAAAAACUAAUGUGGUUAAUGUGGGUUACAAAGUAUUUUGAAAAAAUAAAUAUAACUAAUGUGGGUUUUGUGGGUAAACCACUGUGGGUAGUGGUUAACCACUAACCACAAAAAUCAAUAUUUUGAUACCCACACCCAACCCACUAUCCACAAAUUGUAGGUAUGGAUAUCCAUAAAGUGUGCGGUUUGCUCGCAGCCCGCAAACCAAACUUCCACCCUUACCUUCAAUAAUGCAAUCCUUUUUGUCCAUUUCGCUCAUCCCAAGCUGAAUAAUUGUCGUCUGGAAAAUACAUUUUUCUAUGGCCAUAAGACACUUUCGAGAGAAAUGGGUUGUCAAUUGUCAUGAUAAAACUGUACUGUAAAUCUGUUUGUGGCUAUGAAUUGCUGGUUAUCAUGAUAAAUAUUGGUCACUUCCUGUAGACAGUAUCUCUUUUCCAUGACUUCCUUUCUCACAUAUACAUAAAUUAACUGAACAUCAUAUAUAUAGUUAAUCGUUGAAAAUAAGCAAAUAAUUAAACUAAACCAAUCACACAGUGCCAGUCUCCAGAACAAACUUUGCAACUAAUUACAAUGCGUACUGCAAUGACAGUGUUUGGUCCUGCGGUGUGUGUAACUGUGUAUUAGGUAUUACCGUUCCAAACCUAGCUAAUGUGUCGAGUUCGAGAUACUGGUUAGACUGCAAGUGAAAGAAAGCUUAGACAUGUCUUUGUCAUCUUCCUCUUUUUUCAACUCUGGCUUGCUAUUAUGAGACAGCUUGAAGAGUUUUAAUUUCAGUCUCUCAUGAACAACAUGACAGUCCAGCUCAAUAUAUUUUGUUCAUUCGUGGACUGAAUUUUCUACUAUAUGUAUGGUAGGUUAGGUUGAUUUUGUCACAAAAUACUUGAACUUGUUCCGUAUGAGCAAUACCAAAGAAGAGAAAGAGUGACUUAAGCCACCGUACCUCAUAUGAAAGUCGAGCAUGUGAUCGUACUCUGCCUCCAGGGAAUGAUUUUCUACUCAAGCAGCUUUGGCCGCCUCAAAUAGUCGUCGUGCUAAUCUUUCUGUUCCUCCUGGGAUUCGCAGUCACACUCCUCGGGUUCUUUUCUUAGUCCACUUUGCUGGAGCUACGAAAGCCUCUGUUGGGAAUUGUUGAAAAAAAAAAAAAAGAGAGACGUGAACUACGACGUACAUCAAUUUUUGUGGGAAUUCGUAGCCAAUCGAUCAGAAAGGGAAUUAGUCAUUUGGCACUGCCGGUGCCUUCCACAAAAUUUAUAAGGCCUCCAAAUUAAAUCAACCAUAUGAAAGGGAUAUCAUAUGACAUUGGGCAUGGGUCACUCGACUUACCUUAUGAUUGUAGUUGCCUGGUUGCUCUCGUUCAGAAUUAGACUGAAUUCGUGUAGGGUAAAAUGCAUUUGUUAUUAAUUUGUAAUAUAUGUGAUAGUGAAAU